UUACUUUUCUACCUUCCACCAGCAAUGAAGGGGGUGAUUUUUUUCAGUGCUCUUUUGGUGGCUGUUUUCAGCCAGAAGAUCUUUGUGGGGGAUCAAGUGCUGAGGAUAGCGACUAAGGAUGUGGAGCAGAUUACCCUGUUGAAGGAUCUUGAAGAGCUUGAGCACUUAGAGCUUGAUUUUUGGAAGGGUCCCACACAUCCUGAUUUUCCCACUGAUGUUCAUGUUCCAUUUGCCAGCCUUCAAGCCGUCAAAGUAUUUCUGGAGUCCAACAAUAUCCAAUAUUCUAUCAUGAUUGAGAAUCUGCAGUCAAUAGUGGAAGAAGAAAAGAUUCAGAUAAGCAGAUCUCGUUCCACUGAACAAAUGAGAAACACAAACAGCUUUAACUAUGCCAGCUACCACACUCUGGAUGAGAUCUACAGCUGGAUGGACAUGCUGGUCUCCGAACAGUCUAACCUGGUCAGCAAAAUUCACAUUGGUUCCACCUUUGAGAAUCGCCCUAUUUACAUCCUUAAGUUCAGCACAGGAGGCACCAAACGCCCGGCCAUCUGGAUUGAUACCGGCAUUCACUCACGUGAGUGGGUCACACAGGCUAGCGGAAUCUGGAUGGCAAAAAAGAUUGCAACCGACUACGGAAAAGAUGCCUUCAUUACCUCUAUCCUAAAUGAAAUGGAUAUCUUCAUUGAGAUUGUUACCAAUCCUGAUGGCUUCUAUUUCACACACACCAAAAACCGCAUGUGGCGUAAAACCAGGUCCACCAAUUCAGGAUCCUCUUGUGUUGGAGUUGACCCAAACAGGAACUGGGAUGCUGGAUUUGGAGGAGCUGGUGCCAGCAGUAACCCCUGCUCUGAAACCUACCGUGGACCACGUGCCAAUUCUGAAUCGGAGGUCAAAUCCAUUGUUGACUUUGUGAAGAGCCAUGGCAACUUUAAGGCCUUCAUCUCCAUCCACAGCUACUCCCAGAUGCUUCUUUAUCCUUAUGGAUAUACAAAGACCCCUGCUGCGGAUCAGCAGGAACUGGACAACCUUGCCAAAAAAGCUAUUGAUGCUUUGUCGACUCUUUAUGGAACCAGCUAUAGAUACGGCAGUAUUAUCAACACCAUCUAUCAAGCCAGUGGUGGCACCAUUGACUGGACCUAUAACCAGGGCAUCAAGUACUCUUACACCUUUGAACUGCGUGACACUGGUAGAUAUGGGUUUAUACUGCCUGCCAACCAAAUCAUUCCUACCGCCCAGGAGACCUGGCUGGCUAUUAAGACCAUCAUGGAGCACACCUAUAACAAUCCAUACUAAAUAUAGAUCAAACUUUAUUACAUGAACAAACUGUUAUCUUAAGUAGAUUCCUAAUUGCCAAAUGUUGACUGUGAAGUAACAAACAUAAUCUGUGAAUAUCCUGAAUAGAAACUUCAAUAAAAUGAUUUCCUCAUGCAAAACUCA